GACGAGUACGAGCAGAGGAAGGGUUGUCGAGUGUAGGAAGAGGUAGAUGCAGCUGGUGGUUGUUGGGCUAUACUGAGCAGAAAGGUGCUGGCCUUUAUACCAACCAAGACAUCCCCCAUGCGUCCUGCAUGCCCUCGGAUGCCCCACCCCGCUCAUCGCAUUCGCGCCAAGGCGCAGGGCAUAAACAUGCGCUAUUCAAAGCACGCGGAGAUUCGGGUUGUGGCACUUUGCCUACGGAUGAACAGUUCCCCUAUGGCUAUCCGCAUGGGGUCUGAGGCAAAUUGGCUUCCUUCGCAUAAGAGGGCUAUGUGCCCCGUAUGCGAGAUGAGUGCUUGUACGCAAGCAGAUCUCCAGCGCAGGGCGGUAGAUGCGCGUCAUCCCUCGCGGGAGGGCCUUUUGCCUGUCGAUCCGGUCAUAGACGUCGCGGCCAUUUCCAUGAGCGGCGUAUCAAGCAGUGGCCGACAUUAAUCCUGAAAAAGGAGAAGAAGGCCUUCCUGGC